UCAAUUUUUAUCUGAAAGUCGUACAUAAAACCACAUUUCGAUGAUAAACUAAGUAUUCCACAUUUCGUACUUGUUGCUCGUUAAUUAUUGAUAAACUACAAAACGUCCACGGCAAAUUAAUAAUUAGAAAAACAGACGAGCAGGAGUACGUCGGAAAUCGAUCUUUCGUUUGUUUAUUUCAAGCAAGCCUACUCGAGCAAAGAUUUUAUUAUAGUCUUUUUGAUUCUGAGACUAUACUCAAGGUUACUACGAAUAUCUCAAAGUGCGAGGGCCAUGUAAACCCGCUAGCUACACGCCUUAUUUGGUCAAAGCCAACACGCUUAAUGUAAACGUUGUUUAUCCAAAUGACGCGCGAAGACUGUGCAAGAAAAUACAACGUAGUGGAUGGGAGUAUAUACUACUAAUUUUGGACAUGUUCCCGUGGAAUUAUAUGCAUUAUUUGAAGACGUAAAUCAAUAGAUUUGGACGAUUUACCGAUAAACCGUUGAAUAGCGUCGAGUUUGUUUUUGAAUUCUUGAGUUUUAUAUCGCAAAAUCGGCCGAAGACCAGUUAUCAGGAUUUCUUAACUCACCUUGCAUUUAAAGUUGGCUAAGCGUGGAACUGCAUGGCGUGUAACGCCGGAGGUAUAGCGGGGUAUCUUGGCGGAAAGCGUUCAAGCACCCAUCGUCUGCUGACGACGGAAAUCAUCCUUCGGACACACGCUAUAUAACAUGGAGCGAGAGGCAAGAUAAGAAUAUGGACACACAGUACGGCAAACCUCGCAGCUCGCUGCCGGAAUCAGAAAAUGGCGGUGUCGUAUUAUCGCGACAUCACAACCCCGACCAAGAUGAUGAAACACAAUCAUACAACAACGACGACGAGUCGGGUGAAGAGCGAGUUGUUGUGAAUGUCUCGGGUUUGAAAUUUGAAACACGACAAAAAACUUUGGAUGAAUAUCCAGAGAGUUUACUGGGAAACCCGUCGAAACGGGCCCGUUACUAUGAUCGGAAUCAAAAGGAGUAUUUCUUCGACCGGAAUAGACCGGCGUUUGAUGCUAUAUUAUUUUAUUACCAAUCCCGGGGGAAGCUACUACGACCUAAUAACGUGCCAAUGGAUGUAUUCGCUGACGAAAUACGAUUUUACGAACUAGGAGACGAUGUAUUACAGCGUGUGGAGCAAGAGGAAGGUUACAUAGAGGAAGAGAAGCCGGACCUACCGGACCAUCCAUUACAGAGAGCGAUUUGGAAGCUCUUUGAGUUCCCAGAUACGAGUUUGGCCGCUCGUAUUAUAGCUAUUAUUUCAGUGUCUGUAAUCAGCAUAUCCAUUGUGACAUUUUGCAUCGAAACAUUGCCUCAAUUUCGACCAAAACCGGAAGAAAUUGUGAAUGGCACUGUCCAAAGAGAGGCCGAAGAUGAGCGUCGUCAGCCUUGGUUUGGGCUCGAAACUGCGUGUAUUAUUUGGUUUACAUUUGAAUACUUAGUAAGACUCUUCUCUUCGCCGAAAAAGCUUGUAUUUUUGCGUUCGUUUCUCAAUAUCAUCGAUGUAGUAGCAAUCUUACCGUAUUAUAUUACCCUGCCAAUGAAGAGUUCAAAGGCGUCGAGUUUGGGUGUCCUACGAGUCAUACGUUUGGUUCGUGUCUUCCGGAUAUUUAAACUCUCUAGACAUUCACGAGGGCUUCAAAUUCUUGGCCAUACGCUACGCGCCAGCCUUCGUGAACUUGGAUUACUGAUAUUUUUCCUACUCAUCGGUGUCAUUCUAUUCUCCAGUGCUGUUUAUUAUGCUGAAGGAGGAGAGCAGGGAACAAACUUUGGGAGCAUUCCCGAAGCAUUUUGGUGGGCGGUGGUGACCAUGACGACCGUCGGUUAUGGCGACAUGAAACCGGUCACGCUUUGGGGAAAGAUCGUGGGCUCACUUUGUGCAAUAUCUGGUGUUCUGACCAUUGCUCUUCCAGUACCGGUUAUUGUGAGCAACUUCAACUACUUCUACCAUCGCGAGAACGAACACCGAGCUGCAGAAGCCAGUCGUAAAGAGAAGGAGGAGAAAGAGAAAAGAGCACAAGAGUUGAGAGCUAGGGAUGAAGAGGAGGAAGGUGGGAUCAAGAUGGACCACAAUGGUAUGAAUGGACCUGAGAGUACUGGUGUCGACCAUAACACAGCCUACCCUAAGACAACGUAUUCCAAGGUUCCUACCACACUAAAAGCCGAGUCAAUUGAUAUCUCGGAUGAUACAUUGGAUACUACUAGGAUCUAGUUCAUUUUUCACGUGAUUACAUAAACAUCACCUAAUUGGUCUACCAUUUGGAAUGGUACUUUUAUUAAUGUUGUUACCUACAUU